CGUACGCCGCGCCACCACAUGGGAUAUACCUUGCGCGUCCUAACAUACGGAUAAUCACACAAAAUGAGAGUCAUAAUUCUCCUUGCCGUGGUAGCGAUAGUGGCUUCAGCGCCUCAGAAGCCUGCAGAUCAAGUUAUUGCAAUUCUCAAACAAGAGUUUGAUCAGCAAGCCGACGGAUCGUACGUCUACAGCUACGAAACGGAAAACGGUAUUAAAGCAGAUGAAACCGGUACCCUGAAGAAGGCUAGUGGUCCAGACAGCAAUGACGUAAUAGUAGCUCAGGGUGCAUUCAGUUACACGGCGCCAGAUGGUACUGUUAUCAGUCUUAACUAUGUCGCUGAUGAUGAAAAUGGAUUCAAACCGGAGGGUGCACAUUUACCUACACCUCCCCCGAUACCGCCAGCAAUCCAAAAGGCACUCGAUUAUCUAGCGACUCUACCUCCACCGCCACCUUCGAGGAGUUAGACAAGAUGACCGAUGACCAAACUUAUCUGUACGAUGACGCCCGCUCGUGCCGCUUUGAAAACACGCUUUUUUGUUUUGUGGUUUUACUGUACAUACUAUAUUGUUUGAAAAACAAAGAUGACAAAAGCCUGUUUAAAAGAAUGGUACACUAUAAUUAAUCAAAGCAUAAUAAAAAAUUGUAUAAAAAUAAAUGCUCAAAAAUUGAACUGUGAUAGCUAAGAUUUGCAUGGAAAAAUGAUUAUGAUAUUUAUUAUUUAUUUAAUAAAAGCAAAUACAGUGCCAAAGAUGCAUUGCGGAUAGA